CCUCAACACGUUGUGAUGAUUCAACCGCAAUGCAGCUAGUCAAUACACGGCUGGGUCCACAAUCUCACAACACCUCUACGCGUAGCGUCGGCCCCCACUUCCCGAGCCUCCGACAACCUCUUGGUAUAGUCGCGUAGCUGUUGCUGAUCGGUUGUACGGCGUCACCGGUCUGGAACUAGCAGUGUCCGUCACUAGGUUGAAGACUACAUGCCAGUGCUAUGCAUCAGUGCUUAGACAGAUUGUAAUGCGGAAAGGGAGUCGCUUCCUCUAGAAUUACGCUCUGUGAGUCCUGGCGUAUGAAGCGUGAGUCAGUUCCCGGGACAUAUCUAUGAAGACGGUUGUGGGCUAAACGCUUCGUGUGGAUGCUGAGGAUAUUUAACUUAUCAGAUUUAAAGUUUGGGCAACAGUAGAGUCUGUAGAAAGUACGCCAAGAUGGCGAAUAGUACCGGAAGUCAAGACAUCAGCCAGGCGGUGCUUCAAGAACUCGUCAAGAACUACACCUGUUCAGAUGUGGCUCUCCUGCUCCCUGUAAUCAGCGAGUUCACCUGGGCAAUUGAGGUCCGUGCCUUCCUCUACAUCCUGGGCCUCCUGUGGUGCUUUCUUGCAGUCGCAAUCAUCGCUGAUGUAUUCAUGUGCUCUAUAGAAAGAAUCACCAGCAAGACGACCAUAGUUCGAGUUCCAGAUGCAAAUGCCGAAGGAGGAAUCAGGGAACUGGAAGUGAAGGUGUGGAAUGAUACUGUAGCCAACUUGAGUCUUCUGGCCUUGGGAACAAGUGCUCCAGAGAUCCUUCUGUCCUGCAUAGAAAUCAUUGGUAAUGGCUUCAGAGCUGGAGAACUUGGCCCAGGAACCAUCGUAGGUUCCGCAGCCUUUAACCUUCUAGUGAUUUCUGCCAUCUGCAUUGUAUCAAUCCCUGAUGGAGAAAUCAGGAGAAUCCGUAGCUACAAAGUGUUUGGCGUCACAGCCUUCACUUGCAUCUUCGCCUAUGUGUGGCUGGCCAUCGUUUUAAUGGCUAUAUCCCCCAAUGUUGUUGAACUUUGGGAGGCCAUUGUCACCUUCCUGAUGUUUCCAACCCUGAUCAUUGUCGCCUACAUUGCUGAUAAGGAUUUCUGCAUGAAGAAAAGCAAACGCGAAGAGCCUGGUUUUGUUGGCAUUUCCUUAGAGCGGUAUACAAAGAAGGCGACCGGAGAUGCCUCAGAGGAUAAAGAUACGGAGGAAAGACAACCUGGUACCUCUACUAACGAGAAUGUCCAUGGGGAUGCUGAACUCUUGACUUUGGCUAAGGAAUUAGGUCAUAUUGACGAACUCCCAGAAGAAGAAGCUGCCAAAAUUGCUGCCAAGAAGAUAGCAGAAAACACUUCCCAUAAUCGCGGAUGGUACCGAAUCAACGCCACUCGUUUCUUCACAGGUGGAAAGAAGCUUGUUCCCCGCGUUCUGACCUCAUUCCAAGACUUAGCUGAUCGAAAGCUGUACGAGCGUAUUCAGCUGCCGGAGGAGGAACGAGGAGACCGUGCUAAAUCCAUGACUAAGAAUGUCGACCACAGUGACGGAGGACGCAAGCCUGUCAUCGAGUUCACCGCCGCCGCUGUUGCAGUCAUGGAGAACGAGGGGAAAGUCAGAAUCGGAAUCCGUCGUCAUGGCAAACUGGACGUCCCUGUCACCGUGAGAGUCGAAACCAUCAACGGCACUGCUCUGGCCGGCGAAGACUACAAGCCGUUUGAUGAGAAAGUCAAAUUUGCCGCCAAUGAAAUCCUCCGCCAGAUCUACAUUGAGAUCGUUGACGACUGUGAAUGGGAACCAGAUGAGUUCUUCUUUGUGAAAAUGGCUGCGGAGCCUGAGCAAGAAAUCGCAUUCGGCAACAUCGCCAUCUGCCAGGUGACCAUCAUCAACGACGAUGAGCCGGGCUUGCUGGAGUUUGCCAAGCCCAGCAUUGUCGUGAAGGAGAGCAGUCGACUGGCAUCUAUCCCAGUUUCACGUAAAAACGGCGCUGACGGUCAUGUGUCUGUGACGUGGAAGACCAAGGACAUCACUGCCUUCAGCAACAAGGAUUACGAGGGAGGAGAGGGGACACUGAAAUUUGACAACCAGGAAACAAGCAAGACCAUCGACCUGCCUAUCUUUGAGAGCAACAAACCGGAGCGAGAUGAAAGUUUCCAGAUUGAGCUCUUCGAGACAGACGGCGGUGCCACGGUCGGCAAAAUUACCAAAUGCAUCAUCACCAUUGUCAAUGAUGAAGAGUUCAAUGGUUUGGUGAGCCGUAUUGUCAGCCUGACGAAGGCCAACCUCGACUCCCUGCAACUGGAGAAAUCCACAUACGUCACCCAGUUCAAGGAUGCCAUGAACGUGAACGGCGGCGAUAUUGAGAACGCCACCUUCAUUGACUACAUUCUGCACUUCUGUACCUUCUUCUGGAAGAUCCUGUUCGCCUUUGUCCCUCCAACCCAGUACUUAGGAGGAUGGCCAACAUUCCUCAUUUCCUUAGCUGUUAUCGGUUUUCUGACCGCCAUCAUCGGCGACCUUGCCACCAUAUUCGGCUGCCUGAUUGGUCUGGAAAAAACAAUCACCGCUAUCACGUUGGUUGCCUUGGGAACCAGUAUGCCAGACACGUUUGCCAGUAAGACGGCGGCAACGAUGGAGAAAUACGCUGACAGCUCAGUGGGCAACGUCAACGGCAGUAACUCUGUCAACGUGUUCCUUGGUCUUGGCCUUCCUUGGGUCAUUGCAACCAUAUACUGGGCUGCACAGGGCAAGAUCUUCGUGGUGCCAGCAGGCUCUCUAGGAUUCAGUGUGGUGUUGUAUACAGUUGCUGCCAUUAUUGCCAUUUCGCUCUUCAUAACUCGACGGUUCGUUGGUGCGUUCGGCAAAGGUGAACUUGGGGGGCCAAAGAUCACCAAAUGGAUUAGCGGUGCAAUCUUGAUAAGCCUGUGGGUUUUAUACGUGGUAUUCUCAUCUCUUCAGGCAAAGCAUGUUAUCAACGUCCAAUUUUAGAUAUCCGUUCUGAGGUUGUGGCAAUGAUUUCCCUUUUCGUUCACUAACGCACUCAAUCACAACUCGUCUCUUUUCCGGACUGACUCGAAUAUGACCUCUUGUACAUCCAGAUGUUGUAGCCAAUUGAAAAAUGACGAACGCAACCCGUACGAAAUUAAAAUUCGGUUCACUAAGAAACAACAUAAAACAGUUGUCCGAAGUGUCGGUGAUUGCGAUGAAGAAUUUCGAGGCUGGACAUUUGUCGAAAUUUGUAACAAUAAUUAUGUUGAAUGGAUGAGAGGCAAGAGUCAUUUCAUAUUAAACAAAAUCUGUCAAAAUUAGAAUUAAUAAUUAUCGGACUCACCAAACGAAUUUGACUAAUGCACUUUCAUGAUAAAAGAUGGCACAGAUCAGAAUAUACCGACAGAAAUGUGACUAUUGUCUAGACGUCGGCUUCUAGUUUGACGCACAUGUUCUUGUGUCGUGCUUGCAUAUGCAUCAUUAUAUGUGAUAACGCCGAGGGAUCCUGGUGGGGUAGGGGAGGUAAUAUUUGGGAUCUUUAGUCAGACUUUUCAAUUUGUUGAACAAAUCAAUAGGGUACAUGCUGUAAAUUUUAAUCGCACAUGUGUCUGUCUGUAAUGAAACAUGGCGGUUGCUGGUUCGGCGUUCGAUCCAUCGCUUUAGUACCUGGUUUGAAAAAUCCCACAUUCUGUUAUCUUGCUGGAUCUAGUCAUAUACGAGAGUCAGGUAGAUUGCAAUUAUACAAUAAACAGUAAAACGGAGUAGUUCCGAAUUGCCAUUUUUACCUUGAAAUUUAUCUCAAAUUGGAGCCAUAUUGCGUUUUCAAUAUGUUUUAAGUUGUUUUACGCUAAACAGGAUACCCCAUCAAGACCCUCGUAGCGCUACUAUUGUUCAUUGUGGUUAUAUUUCGACAAGAAAACUAUUAUUAACACUGCCGUUCGUGUGAUGAAAGCCAACUGAAUACUAAGAAUCCAUCCUUAGUAAGAUGACAACCUUUUCGAUGUCAUCUUGUUUGGUAUUCUCAUCUGUAGCAUCGAGUUACCACCCCCAUCAAACGGCAAACGUCUUUAUCUUGCGAUGACCUUUAUUUGAAGAUGACACUGUGAUUGCGAACAUACUUGUAAUGUACAUCGUGUUAGAUACACUUCACAAAAGGAAUAUCGCCAUACCCUGUGUACUGUUUCUAAGUCGGAAACCAUACUCUGAAAUAUACAAGUAAUCGACACCGUUUUAUACAUAUGUAUAUUAGUAAUCUAAUGUAUAUGCGCCAGGUGUGUAUAUGUGCCUUGUUUGGUUUGUACAUAUAUCGUAAUACUAAAUUACUGGAUUCGGCAGCUUCAUAGAGGUGUAUUGUCAGCAUUCUAGUUGUUUUAAUUAGCUAUUUAGUUAUCAUAUUUCAUCUCACUUGUCUUUCUGUGGCAAGUUGUUAGAAAUGAAUGACUGUCAGUCAUGUACGAAAGGUGUGAAUGUAUAACUUUUAAUGUACAUUUCGUUUUACUUGUAUUUAUAAUUGCACUUGUUAUAUUGGAGUUUUAUAUAAUAUUUUCAUGAAUUCAAAGAGGCUUUUAUGAUAAACAUCAUUUUGAAAACAGUGACAUUGUCAGUAGUGUAUGAUGUCUAGAACAUUUGUGAUCAAAUCGUUUCAAAUUAAAUGUAUAGCUGUAGAAUACUGAAAUCUGUACACUCAUUUUGUCCUUUGUUUUCGUGUUAAUGCAACACAGUUCUAUGUGUGAUUAUUGAUUAAUGAAAGAAUCAUGUGUUAUACAUCUGAAAUUCUAUUUUUAAGAUUAUAUAUGAAGGGGCUUAUGGAGGGUUUACAAAAGACAACUACCUCUUGAGGUUUCGUGUAUCUAUCUGCUGUGUGUUGGGUAUCUCAACGACCUUGUAUGCAAGCGUUUGACAGAACAGAUGAAUGAAAGAAUGAACGAAUGAUGAAAUGAACGACCGAUGUUUUCAUAUUUUAACAAUGUGGCAAGAGUGGUAGAUCAGUCUCCUCCAAUUCGUAGUAGGUGUAUCCUAGAACACUAGCAUAAAAUCGAAUUUAGGUCCAGUUAAAUGCCCAGUUUGGCAUGGUUAAUGGUGUAACACGAAUAUUAUUAUUUUUCUAUUGAAUCUAACAUUCUUGUCACAUGUGGCCUUUUAUAACUUUACCUUGAGUAAUGACCUGUCGUUAUUAUGUAGAUAGAUACGUCCUUUGCAUGUUACUUCUCAGCCAGGGCCUGCGUUGUAUUGUGACGUACUUUUUAAAAUAUUUAUUUGCUUUGUAAACUAAUUUCAAUAUUGAAAUAAAAAUUAUCAAACUUA